UCAAGAAACACAACAUGGAAAUCUCAAUCUUCUUCGUAUCUCUGCUUCUAUCUUUUCUGUAUCUAUUGCUAUUAGCAUUUCGCCCAAUUUUCCUCAUAAAAUCCCUAAAAUUCCCCCCAAGUCCGCCAUUAUCACUCCCAAUCAUCGGCCACCUCUAUCUCUUCAAAAAACCCUUGCAUCAAACCUUGGCAAAAAUCUCCCAAAAAUACGGCCCAAUUCUCCUCCUUCAGUUCGGUUCCCGCCCCGUUCUCGUCGUCUCCUCCCCCGCCGCGGCAGAGGAAUGCUUCACGAAAAACGACGUCGUCUUCGCCAACCGCCCGAGGCUGCUGGCCGGGAAGCACCUCGGCUACGGCUACACCACCCUCGUGUGGUCCCCCUACGGCGACAACUGGCGCAGCCUCCGCCGCAUCGCCACCGUCGAGAUUCUGUCCACUCAUCGUGUCCAGAUGUUCGCCGACGUGCGGCAGGACGAGAUCCUCCACCUCGUGCGCCGCCUCCUCAACGGCGGCGGAGAGCGCGAGGACGGAUACCGAGCGGUCGAUUUGAAAUCGGCCUUCUUCGAGACGAUGGCGAACGUGAUGAUGUUGACGAUCGGCGGGAAGCGAUACUACGACGACGUUUCGGGGAAUUCGGAGGAGAAAUUGAGGUUCAAGGAGAUCGUAGCGGAGACUUUCGCAGUGAGCGGCGCCACCAAUAUUGGGGAUUUUGUGCCGAUUUUGAGGUGGAUUGGAAUGGAUAAGAUCGAAAACAAGCUGAGGGCGUUGCAAGUGAAAAGAGAUAAUUUCAUGCAGGAUUUAAUCGAAGAGCACAGAAAUUUCAAAUCGGAGAAACAGAGGAAUUCAACAUUGAUCGAUGUGCUUCUGUCGUUACAAGAGAAUGAUCCUCAAAAUUACAAUGAUGAAAUCAUCAGAGGCAUGAUGCAGGUGAUGCUGACAGCUGGCACGGACACGUCAGCAUCAACAAUGGAAUGGGCAAUGUCGCUCUUGCUCAACAAUCCAGACGCGCUAACAAAGGCGCGAGCCGAGAUUGACUGUCAGAUCGGUCAUUCUCGGCUCGUGGAUGACUCUGACCUCCCUCGUCUGCCCUAUCUACAGGCGGUCAUAAAAGAGACGUUACGCCUGUGUCCGGUGGGGCCGAUGCUUGUCCCGCACGAGUCGGCAGCUGGUUGCACGGUUGGGGGAUACAGGGUGCCUAGCGGGGCAAUGUUGCUUGUGAAUGCGUGGGCCAUACAGAGAGAUCCUAAGGUGUGGGAGGAUGCGAUGAAAUUCAAGCCCGAGAGAUUCUUCGACUUAGAUGGGAAGAAAGAAGGAUCGUUUGUGAUGAUGCCGUUUGGAUAUGGGAGGAGAGGGUGCCCCGGUGAGAACAUGGCGUUGCGCGUCGUAGGCCUAGUCCUGGCAUCGCUCAUUCAGUGCUUUGAGUGGGAGCGCCUUGAUCGGGAGACGGUGGAUAUGUCCGAGGGGUCGGGGCUUACCAUGCCCAAGGCUCAGCCGCUUGUGGCGAGAUGCAGGCCACGGGCGGUGGAAUUGCUUCAACAUGUUUGAACGUUAAUAAUUAAUGUGUUUAUAAUUUGUAUAGAAAUUAGUUCAUACUAGCAAAAUAUUUGAACAUAUUUUGUUUAUGCUACAUGCAACAGGCCACAUUAUGUGCAUGACAAUAAUUGACGGUGAAUUUCUUCUUUAAAAA